AUGGCAAUUACAAAUAGUCCCGACUUCCAAGUCCAAGUAAUGAUUAAAACAUUACGACAAUUGGGGUACGAUAAACUAUCAUCAGAUUUGCUUCACGAGUACAGGACACAAGUACAACAAGAGAACGACCAGGAUAUACCGGUGCUUCUUAGCUGGUUCCAUAAUGCAUUACGCACGAAUAACUAUUGUUCUAUUGACGAUUACCUUGUCCUGAUUUUGAGUGACGGACACGAGGAGUUUAUACAUAUUACAAAUUACAUUGGCGAGGACCACAAAUCAGUAAUCAACUCCAUUUUGUAUAUGGUGCGAAGAAUGGACUAUUAUCAUAAUCAUAAAAGCGACAACGAGUUUUCAUACUUGUGGGACAAGUUAUUACCCUUGUUGGAUAUUAUUAAUAUAGACUCAAUACGGGAAUUGUAUGAUGCUCAAAUAUUGGACCGGUUAAACUACGAAAAUGAAGCUGAGCUACUAACAAAUGAGUAUAUACCACUACACAAACUCUUUUUCAGUUUACCAGGAGUCGACGACAACAUUCAAGAAGUGCAAGAUGCCAUUUUCAAAAAAGUGUUUAAAAACUCCCAUCUUGUAUUCAAUUCACCAACACAUGUGCCUGCUUUAUCUACAAUCAUUGACCAAUCAGUCAAAUACCAACAAUCACAAUCGCCACUAUACCUACCACCAAGAAACCGACAAGAAUGGAAGAAAGCAAUGGCAUCGCUGGAUCAUCAGAAAUCGCCAACCACCAACAAUUUCAACGUGACAAAACUCCAUUACACACUAACGGAUCACUUGGACGAAGUAUGGUUUUUGAAAUUCUCACCGCUGGGCAAAUUCCUCGUCACGGGCUCGCUUGAUGGCCGAUUGAUUUUGUACAAUGUUUAUGAAAAUUUCCAACGGAUUAAAAUCUUGGAACCAACAAACGCCGCCGACUCAGCUGCAUUUGUGCCCUUUUCGACAAAGCCAUCAAGUGGAAAGACAAAAGCCGUCAUUUAUUGCUGUUGGGACCCCAAAGAACAAUACUUGGUCAGCUGCUGUUUAGAUACUGUGAUUCGUAUAUGGGCUGUGGGUGAUAUUCAUCGCAAACGCAUCACUAGAAGCGAAGCCAAUGCCAGUCAUGAUAUUAAAUUAAUGACAUGUUUUACCUUGGGCCAGGACAUAAAGACAUGGUCAUGUGAGUUUCUUCCAUAUACAAAGGAGACGUCAGUUAGUUCGUCAACACCACAGUUUAUCAUUGGCUCGCCCGAUAAAGCAUUAAAAGUGUUUGAUUGUCAUGGAGUAGAGAUUUUUGACUUUUAUGGCAAUUUGGAAGACGACGAUGAGGAAAAGACCCACCAUGAUAGGGAUCAGUACGGAGUCCUUUACCGAGGAGAUCCGUCUAGAGGAAACCCAAGUAGCACACGUCGUUCUCAUGAUGCCACAAGCAAUGGCGAUGGGGUAGCAGCAGCAGCAGCAAUUAAUGGCGAAGAUGAAGCGAUUAUUGAUGAUGAUGGUACCAGAAAGGAUGACGUAUCGAUGCUCGAUGCCGAUUUCAAAUCAUCAUUUACUGAAAAUCCAUUCAAUCGCAUCAAUGACUUGGCCGUUACUCCCGAUGGCAGGUUCCUCAUUACAGCCAACAACGACAAGAAGCUUCUUUUUUAUCGCAUCCCUGAUGUAUUUAAUGAUGAAUCAACCACCAGAAAACUAGCAUGUAUAAACUUGCGAGGACGGCUUACUUCGUGUUCAGUAUCAUCCAAUGGCAAAUAUGUCUUGAUCAAUUCUGCUCCUGAAGAGUUGCAAGUGUGGGACAUUUCACCGUUGUUGCAUAAUAACCCACCAAUCUUGUAUCGCAAAUAUAUCGGACACAGUCAAAGCACAUACAUCGUCCGUAGCUCAUUUGGGUACUUGAACGAAGAUCUGGGCGAAGAGGAGUUGGUAUUGAGCGGGUCUGAUGAUGGAUAUGUUUACUUUUGGAAGUUGCACACGGGACAGUUGAUCACCCGAGUCAAGGCCCAUGUUGAUUUAUGCAAUGCUGUUGAUUGGAACUUGCAUGGACUGGUGGUGAGAAGUAAUGACUAUGGCAAGUUAUGGGGAAGUGUCGGUGACGACAAGUUGGUGAAAAUAUGGGGAACAUGA